AUGGACGCUGUAGCCCAACGCCAGGUCGCCAUCGCCAUCCUGGUCGGCGUCUGGGGCUUCAAGCUGCAACAAGUAUGGUUCAACUCACAGAGUGGGGCGGCAUCCCAACACUACCAUGGAGUACAGAACAACCUGGCGACAACCGAACUACACCCAAUACAGUUUCAGACGGGGCUCUGGUGUCUUUUGGAUCUUGUCUACUUUAUCUCGCUAUGGAGAGUUAGGAUUCCGAGGCUCGACUUUCGGUUUUCCGUCUUUGCGAUUCUCAUUUUGGCAUCCUGGAUGUUGGACUUGGGCGUCGCGGGAUUUUAUUACGACAGAGUAUACGGACACCGUCGGAUACCUGGUGGCGACAAUGGCCCAAGAUUCGCAGACAAGCAGUAUUUGCCGGCGGGAUCAGAGAUGUUCAACGACAGCCACAUCAUCGGCUCACAUUUAGUCCACGUCCUGCCACCAACACUAGCAAAGCUCAACCCCGGAAACGCGUCAUUCUGUCUAGGUCUCGGAGGAUCCGCUCACAUACCACUGAAAAUCAAAGGCACACCGCCAUGGAAGGUCUCGUACGAGUUCUACGGGUUGGACGGGACGCAUAAGCUGUUUGAGAACAUCGAGUUCAAGUCGAACUCCACAGGCUUCGAUCCCAGAACGGGCACAAAGUCGGCGGUGAUAGAUAAUGUCUCGCUGCCGGCUGAUAAGCCUGGUAUCUACCGACUGGUCUCGGUGAAGGAACUGGUAGGCGACGAGGGGAAGGUCCUUCCUCCGAACCUUGUGGAAGUGGUCCAUUGUCCGUCCGGGAACCUGCUACAAAAGAAGGACAACCCCGGAGUGGAACACGUGGACAGAUGUGUGGAUCAGUCAUAUGACUUUACGAUAGCUCUGACGGGCACACCACCUUUCAGUGCCUGGUACACGCGCAAGAUCGGCGACGCUUCCUCCUUAGUGAAGGUGGAAGGCACAGCCGACACACAGCACGCCCAACCCUUCAAGAAAUCCAAACAUCCCCUCCCCGCCGACAUCGAACAGCGUCUCAUCCAAGCGCAAUCCCGCGAGGUGCGUAUCCCCGUCGAAGUCUCCGUGCAGGCCGCAUUAGACCACACCUUCAUGCUCCUGCAAGUCGUCGACGGCCGGGGCAACACGGUCCGGUACAAAUCCCACAAGGGGCAGGAGAUGCCACCCGCUGCUGGAAACACCGUUAUCGAGGCGCAGCGGUACAGCGAUACGGUGUGGGUGAAGGGGCGGCCUCUGCCUAGCGCGAAUUUCGGGAACUGCCAGGCUAUGCGGAUCCGACCGGAGUACCCUGACGAGAGCGCGCCGCUUCCGGUUCGGUUGACGGGGACGCAACCGUGGCAGUUGCGAUAUGCGCGUGCGGCAUCGGAGGAGGAUCUGGCUGCCGGGAAUUAUGAAGCGCGGUUGACCAUCAAAGACAUCGACAAUCCCAAUCUCGCCCUUUCCGUCAAGAAACCGGGCUACUACUCCCUUCUGUCCAUCGCGGACGCAUACUGCCCCGGCACCAUCGAACUGCCCACCACCUGCGAAGUCCAGCAAGCCGUCCCACCGACAAUGAACAUCAGCGUGUCGGAAGUCGUGCGGGAGUGUUUUGGCGCGACGGGCGUGAACGUGAAUGUGUCGAUGACGGGCGAGCCACCGUUUUGGGUGCAUUUCGAGCAGAGGAAUAAGGGGACCGGGGAGAAACAGACGUUGAGGUAUACGUUUGCGAAGGCGCAGGAGUCGUUGAAAAUCAAGCCCCAGGAUCCGGGGGAGUACGAGUAUGCGUUUCCUAAGCUGGGAGACGCGGUGUACACAGACGGCGUAGACACCCACUCCAAACCCUUCACCCAAGUGGUCCACGCCCUCCCCGACGUAACCAUCAGCGUACGCGAAACCACCCGCUGCCUUGGCGACACGGCAACUCUCGACCUGCACAUUUCGGGCGUGCCGCCGUAUUCCCUAACGUACACGAUUCUGAGAGGCACAUAUAAGGAACAGUAUGUGAGACGCGAUAUUAGGGAGAAGAGGAUAAGUGUUGAGACGCCAGCUUUGGAGGUUGCUGGGACGUAUUUUGUUGAUCUGAUUGACCUCACCGAUGGCAAUGGAUGUACGGCCCCAAUAGAGAGCAAGCCCGUGUCAAUAGAAGUGCUCGGCCAGCGCCCCAGCGUUCAAUUCAAAUGCCCUAAACCCCUCCGCCUCCUCGAAGGCUCCAGCAUCCCCCUCCCUGUCGCCGUCUCGGGCCACGGGAACUACAAGCUCACCUACCGCAAACGAGAAGACCCCGACCGGAUCCUCCACAUUUCCGGCGCGCGAACCAUCGAUGCCCUGACCGUCUCGCAGGCAGGGACGUAUGAGCUACAAUCGUUCCAGGAUGGGUUCUGCGCUGGACGCGUGCUGGAACCGCACACGUGUGAAGUCGUCACGAUCCCCAAACCCGCGUUGACGAUCCCCGAGACAGAGUACGACACCGUAGACGAAAAAGGGGUGCGGAUCCGCCGGGGCGUAUGUGAAGGCACACCCGACAAGCUGAGCGUGCAUUUGCAAGGCAAACCGCAGUUCAAGAUCAAGAUCAAUUACCGGCACCUGCACUCGCACCGCAUGUCUAAAAGCAGUGAGCAGACGGUUAGGGAUUACGAGGACCGCGCCGCCAAGCAGUUCGCCUGGAUCAACCUGAUCACCGAUGUCCCCGGCCAGCACGUGUACGAGUUCCGAACCGUCUCGGACGACAACUACGCCGACGGUGUAAGCUUAUUCGACCCCCUAAGCCGCUCCCCACCCAAAGUGGCGCAAACGGUCCACGCGCGGCCCAAAGCAGUGUUCCUUGAUAAACCGGAGAAGAACUUCCAGUGUAUCUCCGACGACUCGGAUACGGGCCUGCAAGUGGAGUUGACGGGACAACCGCCGUUUAGUGUGGAGAUUUACCGGAAGCAUGAGUCGCAGCCGCGGGAUACGGUCCGGUUGACGGUGAACACUACGCGGUUUACGUACCACCCCGAUAAACCCACGACGACGGGGAAAUACACCUACACGCUCAGAUCCGUAUCUGACGCGUCGGGGUGCGAUACCCUCUACCGCGGCACGGAACCGGGUGCGCGGGUGACGAUCCAAGUCGCCGACAUUGCGCGAAUCACGCGCGACUGGGACCCCCUCGCGCCCCUUUGCGCUGGGGACAUGCUUUCCUACUCCCUCGAAGGCACGGGCCCGUUCACGUUAUCCUACACAUGGAACAGGAAACCGCAGAAAGAGGUGGUGGUGACUGACCCCGUGGUGUUGUUGUACGCGGGCGAGGCGGGGACGGUGAAUGUGACGAGGGUGUGUAAUUCGGUGGGGUGUUGUUAUCGACCGCCGGGGGGGUUGGUGAAUGAGGUGAGGGCGUUCCCGAGGGCGAUUGUGGAUGGGGGGGAGGAUCUUGUUGAGGAUAUUCGGGAGGGCGAUGAAUCAAUCAUGCGCGUCGAAUUCGUCGGUAUACCCCCCUUCACGUUCAAAUACCAACGUACGCCGCUUUCGCGCGGGGAGCGGACGCAGGCCGAGACUUUUACUGUUGAGAAUAUCCUGGAGAACACCUAUACGGUGGGAACGGAUAAGGAGGGCAAGUACCGCGUGACGUCCAUCAAGGACCGGUAUUGUCAGUAUCCGCCGAGGAAGAUGGCGAAUCCCAAGGCUUCCAAUGCUGUUCUGAAGGCCAAAUAG